CCGGGAGUCGAGCAGGCUCGCGCGUGCAUCCCGCACCGUUCCCCGGCCCCGGGCCCGGGCCCGCGUCAGACCGAGCUGCCGCCGCCGCCACAGCAGCAGCAGCAGCAGCACUCGGGGAGCCGGGUCCACCAGGGGCCGCGGGAGGCGGGGGUGCCCGGGCCCUGGAUGUCUCGCAGCGCGGCGGCCAGCGGCGGACCCAGGAGGCCUGAGCAACGUCUGCCCCCAGCCCCUUGUGGGGCCCCGGGGCCCCUUGAAACCUCCAGGACGGAGCCAGACGGGGCGGGCACCAUGAACAAGUUACGACAGAGCCUGCGGAGGAGGAAGCCAGCCUAUGUACCAGAGGCAUCGCGCCCACACCAGUGGCAGGCGGAUGAGGACGCGGUGCGCAAGGGCACCUGCAGCUUCCCGGUCAGGUACCUAGGCCAUGUGGAGGUGGAGGAGUCCCGGGGGAUGCAUGUGUGUGAAGAUGCUGUGAAGAAGCUGAAGGCGAUGGGCCGAAAGUCUGUGAAGUCUGUCCUGUGGGUAUCAGCUGAUGGGCUUCGAGUGGUGGAUGAUAAGACCAAGGAUCUGCUAGUAGAUCAAACCAUCGAAAAGGUCUCCUUUUGUGCUCCUGACCGCAACCUGGACAAAGCUUUCUCCUACAUCUGUCGUGAUGGGACCACCCGCCGCUGGAUCUGCCACUGUUUCCUGGCACUCAAGGACUCCGGCGAGAGGCUGAGCCAUGCUGUGGGCUGUGCUUUUGCCGCCUGCCUGGAGCGAAAACAGCGUCGGGAGAAGGAAUGUGGGGUCACGGCUGCCUUUGAUGCCAGCCGUACCAGCUUCGCCCGGGAAGGCUCCUUCCGCCUGUCCGGGGGUGGGCGGCCCUCUGAGAGAGAGGCUUCAGACAAGAAGAAAGCAGAGGCAGCAGCUGCUCCCACUGCAGCUCCCGGCCCUGCCCAACCUGGGCACGUGUCCCCGACACCAGCCACCACAUCUCCUGGUGAGAAGGGUGAGGCGGGCACCCCAGUAGCUGCAGGCACCACUGCAGCUGCCAUCCCUCGGCGCCAUGCCCCUCUGGAACAGCUGGUUCGCCAGGGCUCUUUCCGUGGGUUCCCAGCGCUCAGCCAGAAGAACUCCCCUUUUAAACGGCAGCUGAGCCUCCGGCUGAAUGAGCUGCCAUCCACAUUGCAGCGGCGCACUGACUUCCAGGUGAAAGGCACAGUACCUGAGAUGGAGCCUUCUGGUACCAGUGACAGCGACAGCAUCAAUGCUUUGUGCACACAGAUCAGCUCGUCUUUUGCGAGUGCUGGAUCACCAGCACCAGCUCCACCAUCUGCCACAACAGGGACUUCUGCUUGGGGUGAGCCCACCGUGCCCCCUGCAACUGCCUUCCAGCCUGGACACAAGCGGACACCUUCAGAGGCUGAGCGAUGGCUGGAAGAAGUAUCCCAGGUGGCCAAGGCCCAGCAGCAGCAGCAGCAGCAGCAGCAACAGCAGCAGGCAGCCUCGGUGCCUGCAGUGCCCACCAUGCCUCCUGCCCUGCAGCCUUUCCCCGCCCCUGUGGGGCCCUUCGACACAGCACCUGCCCAGGUGGCCAUGUUCCUGCCGCCCCCACACAUGCAGCCCCCUUUCGUGCCCGCCUACCCGGGCUUGGGCUACCCGCCCAUGCCCCAGGUGCCUGUAGUAGGCAUCACACCCUCACAGAUGGUGGCCAAUGCCUUCUGCUCAGCUGCCCAGCUCCAGCCCCAGCCUGCCACCCUUCUUGGAAAAGCUGGAGCCUUCCCACCCCCUGCUGCACCCAGUGCCCCUGGGGGCCAGGCCCGCCCACGCCCCAAUGGGGCCCCCUGGCCUCCAGAGCCAGCGCCUGUCCCAGCUGAGUUGGACCCCUUUGAGGCCCAGUGGGCAGCAUUAGAAGGCAAACCUGCUGUAGAGAAGCCUUCUAAUCCCUUUUCUGGAGACCUGCAGAAGACCUUUGAGAUUGAACUGUAGCCUGAGCUGCCCUGCCCACCCCAUCAUCUCCAGGUGCCCCCUGCCUGGGAGUAGAGGCACAACCUCUCCCCUAGUCCUGCUCCCUGAGGCUGUGCCUCUCCCCUCCUCGACACCCCUUCUCUCAGCUACCCCCAACACUACAGAACCAACAUUGUGACACCCUGGUCGUGACAGGACAGAAUUCCAGGACUGACCCAGCCUGGCUAAGGGAGCCAUUUCACUGCCAGACAUAGGCUGGCAACACCCCUUUCCCUACCCCAGACACAGGGGAGGGCCACAGUCCCACCGAAUGCCCUCAGUUCGUGCCACAUCCCCCAGUUUCUGUUCUUGACCUCCCACCUUCCAGUGUUGGGCAGAAUGGAGGAGGGAUGGCUGCUUAGGGGCUUUGCAGGGCCCCACACGAGUGCCCACCCCAAAUCUGAUCAUCUCCUUCCCCCAUACACAGCACAAGCUAAGGGCUUCCCUCUGCCCACCUGCUGCGUUCACUGCCAAUGCUGUGCUCAUCCCUGUUGCCUCCCCCACUCUGGGACCCAGGUCUCAUUGGGGCAGGGGCCGAGUUGGGGGCCUGGGAGGCAGGGGAGGGGAAGAAGAUGCUCAGUUACCUCAUGUCGGUGCCCUCUGGGAAGGGGUCCGGAAAGAAGGGGAAGGGGUGCCUGGUGGGUACUUUUCUAUCUUUUAUUUCCAGAUUUUUUUUGUAUCUAAACUCGCAGAUUUGUAUUAUACAAGGACAGCCAAUAAAGGAAGAAUAUAA